AUGCAGCAGGGCAAAAACAAAAAGGAAAAACAAGGUGCAAUCCCAGCAGGCAUCGAUGUCAGGCCAGGUCAGGUCAAACUUCACGCAGAAAGGGAACCAAACGCAGUUAGUAGAAAUGAAUCGCUGGGUCCCGUCGGUCUCGCCGCCUCGCUAGUCCACGAGUCAAAGCCGUCAGCCAUCACGAAGAUGAAGCGAAAAGAGGAGCAAAGAGAGAGCAAGAGAAGAGAGAAGAGGGAAAAAAGCGAGAUCCUUCUCCGGUCGUCGAAGAUACCUGGCUGGCUGGCGUCUUUGCUGUCUGCAGGGAAGUACCUGGUACCUGCAUGCAUUAGCUAUGGGGCCUCGUCUUUCUCGCUUAGCCACAGGAAGCCAGAGGAAGAGGAAGGGCUAGAGGAACAAGAGGAACCAAGAGGAGCCCAGAGGAACCGUGAUGGCGGACGGCGGGCGGCGGAAAAGGUCCUUGCUCUUUUAUUAUUAUAUCUUUGA